GAACUAAAAGAGUAUGUUUGUUAUUCAAAGACUUCCAAGCCCGAUGCUGGGAAGAAAAGGAGAGCUUUCGGCUUGACUUACCUCAUCGACGAAAAUCCACCAUGGUAUAUCUGCUUGUUGCUGGGUUUUCAGGUACGAACUGAAGUGAAAUUAGUUCCUCCAAUUUCUGUCUUUUUAGACUGCUUACUGUUACCGUAGGUCCAUCUGUACAGUCAGUUAACAAGUCUGUCAUGGCCAACAAACGGCCACAUAACAAUGAUGGAGUUUGUAGGAGUUGUUAAGGCUGAGAUUCACCAAGGCCCUGGUCAAAGGAGGCAAUGACACGUAAUAGACACAUGUUAGAAGGAUAAUCUGCCUCUAGGGACAUGGACUGAGAUUUCGAUGAAAAUCUUUGCCUCUGUAAUAGAAUCUGGUCUAAGCAACAAGUCCCGAGUUUCUCAAUUUUCCAUUUGAAUCGAAAAGUCAAGUCGAAGAUUCUAAACAUAAUGUCUCACAAAGAACACUCAGCGAACUUGUGGUUAAGAAAGAAAAUUGAAGGGAAAGUGAGUUUUGUGACUCUGUAGAAAAGAAAGUGUUAUUUUACGGUACGAGACAGAGGAAUGCCUUAAUAAUUUGAAUGUUGCUUUUUUAAUCAACAUUAUUAUUCUCAUUAUUUCAGCAUUACCUUACAAUGCUAGGAGGAACUUUGUCAAUUCCCUUCAUUCUUAGCGGUCCGAUGUGUUUUGGUAGUAACACCCUUGCCAUUAGUGAAGUUCUGAGCACGAUACUUUUUGUUUCUGGAGUUGUCACUUUGUUGCAGUCAACGUUUGGAGUCAGGUAGGGAUCAGACGUUCUGUCACUGUAGGUCAUACUUCAGAGUAAUAUCUACGCGGACAAGUCUUUUUUCUAUAGUGUAUGGCUAUUUAAUUUCUUUGGAUGGAUAUGGCAUGGAAUUUGCCUCACCGUUUCUUGACAUGUAAAAAAGAUGCAAGGAGAAGAAGAGGAAAUGUUGGAAAUUCAGGAAAGAUAAACAAAAUUUAAAUCUCUACAUCGAUUGGACGCAAUUUCAAUCAUUGCUUCAUUUCCCCACCAUGAUGUAAGUAAAAUACGAGGUUAGCACGAUAUCUCCAGCUUGAAAAUACUCAAAGAUGUAACCUUUCUUUAAUACAAACUCUUUGUUUUUGUAAAGUCCUGAUCAAAGGUAUAACGGUCGGUAAAAGACAAUUUUAAAACAGCUCAACUUCCAUCUUAUUAAUGUAAUUGCUAUGCUCCAAAGAGCGCUCAAAGGUUUUUGGCAAGGCUAAGGCGCGGUAAAUUAAAUGACGGCUAAAGGCCGAGUGAAACGUUGAUUAGACUUUGUAAAUGAAGCUUUGUAAAUUUCGAUUAUGCUACCAUGCAUAGCUCCCGCGAGUGACCAAGACAGAAUUUCUCCUUAAGAAAUCAGUACAAUAUCAAGCAGACUACUGAUGAGAAUAAGAAAACUAUCAAUUACGGUUUUAUUAGUUGAUGCAAUAUCAAAUCCACCAAAGUCACAUAUUAAAAAUUGAGUGGCAGACAGUAAAUAGAAUUGCUAAUGAAAUCUUGGGAGUGAAAGGUGUUAAUUUUUCGGGGCUGAACUUUCUGUAGGUAUUUUUUCAAUGAAUAUAAGAAAAAACGUUCACCGGAGCACAGAGGCUUUUGACGAUCACGUUAAAUGUUCCAGGUUCCCAGUCGGAGGAGAGGCCAGGAGCAAAACAGCAGGUGGUGGAACAUUUGUGGGCUCUGGGAAGGAGUUAUCUCUCAACGUUUCUAAUCCUUGCUCGUAUUACUUUCUGCUUUGUCUCCACAAACCAAGUGCCUAAAUUGGCUGCAGUCAUCCAUACGGUUCAGAUCAAUUCCAAUCUUCCGAAACUCCGCUUUAAGGAUUCAGGGAUAUGGCUAAGGGAAGGUUCUUCAAUGCCCGUUAUUGUCGUCAUUCCUUUCCCCCUUUGUAAGAUCAAUUAGUUUUUUCAACACAAGAAACUUGUAAUGGGGCUGAACAAGCGUAAAUGAUGAAUCUAUCCAGUAGGAAAAUGUCACUCUUAAAAAAACACAGGGAUUUCGACAUGACGGCAGGGUUGACAAAUUGAGAGUGACACAAUUAAAUUCCUCCCCUUCCCUCCCCUCUCAAGUGUUUGAAAACUCCCAGUCACCCUCCCCCCCGGGACUUAGUUCAAUCUAUCAAGUUGCUCUAUUGAAUCUUUUUAUUUUGGGAAUUGCAGGCUGCCGAUCAUUCAAGGAGGGGCUUUUUCUUUUCUGACACCGACUUUUGCCAUUUUGUCUCUACCUCAGUGGACGUGUCCUAAACCUGAAGGUCAGUUGAUUGUUUGCUUUUUAACAAGCCAAACAAGGACCUUCUUUCAACGAUUAAUUGAAAGGUUGAAUUAACUGAAGGUGUUUUUUUUGUGUCAUGAUUGUUUGACCAUUUGUCGAGUAAAUAACAAUUAAUCGUGGGCUAAAUUGUUAAAUCCAAUGAAGCCCUCGCCAGUUCGUCCGUCUGUCUUCAGGAUUAUCUUACACAUGCUUGAUGAUUACACCGACAAACAGAGAGACAUACAGAUUGACAAUUUGGUUUUUAUCAAGUUACCUAUUGCCUAUACGACAUCACUUUUCAGCUAGUUAGAAUUUAACCAUAUAAGUGCUAAAACAUAAUGUUAUCUUUCAAAAGAAUACAGUAACUCAACAUUGGAAAUGUCCGAAAUCUGGAAACCUCGGAUGAGAGAGGUAAAUAUAAAAGUCAAAAUGAUUUACAACACCGUGAUCCUUCUCCUCAUCACUUUCGUUCUCAUUUGUCAAAUCGAUUAUGAACCAAAAAAUCGUCUUUUUUGCAUUAGAUCCAAGGUGCCAUAAUGGUUUCAUCAUUAUUUCAAAUGUUGGUUGGCUUCACUGGAAUUGUUGGUUUUCUUCUCCGUUUCAUCGGACCACUGACCAUAGCGCCCACGAUAACUCUUGUGGGUCUGGCUCUUUUCAACGUAGCAGCAGAACACGCAGGUAUCUAAUUCUAGCAUCCAUACCGUGGUGAAUAAUCUCCUUUUUUUGUAUUUACGCUAACAAUCGAUUUUUUGUUUCAUGUUAAAAGGAAACCAUUGGGGAAUUUCAAUGACGUGAGUAUUACAUGGAUUUGCAUUGUCUAGAGGUUAACAGAGUUGAAAGGUCUGGGUUCGAACUCUACCUGGAUCAUUAAGGAAAAAUCCUGACUCUCACAGCGCCAUUAGCUGGCCGGGUUACCGAGGGUUUAAUGGGUUUACGCCGAGAGAAAACACCCUGGAUGAGAAACAAUUCUCAUAAUGGCUUUAUGUUACAGAAAUUGGGAGAAGCUUUGUCAAAGAUGAUCAGAAUCUUAUUUUUUUACAGCUGCAUGACUCAAUCUAAUUUAAAUUACGCUAGUCAGUGUAGUAUGGUUGAAAAUGUGGACAUCCGUGACCUGGUGUGCUUAGGCCUCACUAGUAGUUCUUUCCCCUAAGUUUGAACAUUAAUCUUCAUGUGGUUACCUCUGUAAGAAAUAAGUACACUCUUUCGAUACAUUGUGAACAUAAAGCGUUUCUAAAGCAGACGUUUCGAACGUAAGCCCUUCGUCUUUCGCUCUGACGAAGUGCUAACGUUCGAAACUUCAGAAAGGUUACGGUGGCCAAUUUAAGUUAUCAACUCAGUUGAUAAUACUAAAUUACCCUGCUAUACUCUCCCAUCGACGCAGUACCACAGUUUCUUUAGAACUCACCUCCUUUAAUCAUUUGUCUUUUGUGUAUUGCAGGACGAUCGUGUUAAUUGCCUUGUUCUCACAAUACCUUACCAAAAUAAAGAUUCCAUUUCCAGGAUACAGCAAAGAACGUAGAGAGUGUUACGUUGGUCACUAUCCGUUGUUCAGACUGUUUCCGGUGAGUGUUAUGUACCGAGGACUGCUGAGUGCCAUUCGGGCUAAGGUUUAGGGAACAAUAGAACAUGACCUUUAAAUUUCAGGGAAUAUAAGACACCUCGUAAGUACAAAUAGCGAACACUGAAACAUUGACUUGUGGAGCUAAUGUGGGAAGCAAAAACUCAUUUCCUACAAAGGAGUCGUUCGCUUUCGGAAACACGUCGCAGUUCUUGAUCACCAAUGGGCUGGAUAUCAUUUAUGGAAACUGAGCACUAUUUCUCACAGCGAAAUUAUGUCUCAGAACACAUCUUUGAUUAUCUGUAGGAAACAGAGUAUCUCGAUAAACAGGCGCUUGCUAUGCAGGCUGACUAUGCAGACUGAUUUAAAUCAUUUGAGUGUAUCUGCAUUGAUAGAUGGCGAAAUUUGUAAUACGUCACCUUCGGCGUUUAAAAUGUCUUUGUGAUUUACCGCUCCUCUCUUUCUUUUGUAACGCACAAUAUUACUGCGAUAACUGCCCGCUGGUUUUAACAGGUGAUCCUCGCGAUUGCUGUAUCUUGGAUAAUUUGCGCCAUCAUCACCGCUGCGGGAGGUUUUCCCUCUGAUCCUAGUGUUCCUCAGUACAUGGCCAGGACCGAUGCCAGAACUGUUGUAUUGAGAGAAGCAAAAUGGUUCAGAUUUCCCUACCCAGGUUAGUACAGGAUAUGACCACGAUUCAGCGUCAAUGAUAUUCAUGCUCCGUCUGAUUUGCCUCACAAGUGAGUGUCCUCAUUGAUAAAACUCCUUGGUCCAUACCUUAAAAGCGACACUGACAGGUGGAAUUGAUUGUUUCUGAUGCACAUGUGCUAAGAUUUUCUUAAAUUUCGUCAAUUUCGCGGCAUUUUUUUCAAGACAUGACUAUAUUAUGGUAGAGGUUCAAUUUCACGUUGCUCUCUUUUUAGGUCAGUGGGGAACGCCUUCUGUUAGUGCUGCAGGGGUGUUUGGAAUGCUUGCUGGCGUGCUGGCCUCCAUUAUUGAGUCCGUAGGUGAUUACUACGCAUGUGCGAGAUUGGCAGGAGCACCACCACCACCAAAACACGCAGUCAACCGUGGCAUCGGAAUGGAAGGAAUGGGAUGUCUCUUAGCAGGAGCUUUUGGUACCGGGAAUGGUACUACUUCAUACAGUGAAAACGUAGGGGCUAUCGGGAUAACGAAGGUAAAUUGUUGCAAGAGAAACGGAAAGCGUUGAAGAGGAAAUCGUAAAGGAUAUAAAAGUUUUAGUAAAAUAGCCAGUCCACGAUUACAACAAAAGUUCGAUAUAUUGAAGCAACAGAGAACUGGCGAAAUGAGACAAGUUCUCUCGAACCUAAAAUUUUUAUUGGUUUGAAAAUUCAACUUUUUGUACAGGCGUGGGGCUUCGUUUUAAUGUUUAACUAUUUCUGUCAAGACUCAACCCGAAUCGCUUGGCCCUAUUUCGUUGGAUUUACAAAGCUGUAUAAAAAAAUUACAUCAUGAUGUUAUAAUUUUGAUGUAUAAUCAGGUUGGAAGCCUCCGUGUCAUUCAAUUUGGGGCUUUGGUACUGAUGGUUGUUGGCGUUCUCGGCAAAUUUGGCGCGUUGUUCGUCUGCAUUCCAGAUCCCAUCGUCGGUGGAGUAUUUAUGGUCAUGUUUGGAAUGAUUACCGCUGUUGGAAUCUCCAAUCUGCAGUUUGCUGACAUGAAUUCCUCCAGGAAUCUGUUCAUUGUUGGAUUUUCUACUGUAUUUGGAUUGGGUCUGCCGUAUUACAUGAAAAAUCACGAGAACGCGAUUAGCACAGGUGAUCUUUUAUCAGAAUAUUAAAUCUUUUUGAGUUAAAUCAAUUUCGAAUAUCGCUAUCAUGCUAAAUGGUACUCUUAAUCGGACAAAACCUGUCUAAACCAAUAAAUUGAUGGGAAAGUGGUUAAAGGGAGAGAUCUUUAUGUAAUGUUUCAACUAUUUUGGCCGAGACUGUGUCCUGUUUGCAUCGAGCCCUUUCUUAAGUUGAAAGGAAUCUAGUACAAGAAUUUGUAAGCCUACAUAGUCGGCGCUUACGCCCUAAUUUUGCCAAAACCAGCGUCAUUGUGUAAAAAUGUCGUAAUUCGUGCAUUUGAGAUCAGAGUUAUUAUUGCAUGGAAUUAAUUGCAUCAUUCACUCUGUAGGUGUCCCAGAAAUUGACCAAAUAAUUACAGUACUUUUCAAAACAAGUAUGGCAGUAGGGUGUAUUUCUGCUCUGAUUCUGGACAACACCAUCCCUGGAACCGACGAGGAGCGCGGUAUAAAGGCAUGGAGGGAGCAUCUGUCAGAUGAAAGUGAGAGACAGAUGGAGACAGCCUCCAUUAAAGUCUAUGACCUGCCGUUUGGUCUCAACCGCUUCACUAAUUUCAAAGUGGCCAAGUAUUUGCCUUUUCUACCGAACCACGAAGAGGAACAACAAGUAGCAUACGGUGUGGAAAUGAACAGUGUUCCUUAA